AUGGCAAAUAUGAAGGGCUUUCUCUGGAAAGAUACUAGAGUGAGAGGCAAGGUGUGGUACAGCCAAAAAAAAAGGGCACUGAAAUGUACACAAUGGUUUAAGACCAUAAUCAGAAUGCAAAAGGUCCAAGGAGGGAUGUGUACAAACAUGAGACAUGCUGGGGAUAUCCGUUCAAACAUUAUAAGCGUGCAAAAUGGAAAAUCAAUAUUUCCUCUUUACGCACACAAAGAAAUAAAAGUAAAUGAAGUAUCGAAGUCAUUACACAUAGGAAGAGUGAACUUGUCGAGUAGAACUCCAAGUAGUGACAAAAUGGAUACCAAGAAAUGUGCUAUUAGAAAUAUUCCCCUAAGCAAUGGAAGAUAUAUGGGGAUCUGUAAUGGAGAAAAAUUCAUACACAUUCGAAACUUGGAAAGAAAGAUUAUGAAGUGCUAUUAUUCGGUCAAUAUUUGUGAUGAUAAAAAAGAGAGUGAAAAAGAAGAAAAAAAAAAAAUGAAUAAUGUUAACGAACAUUGUAACAAUAAUUGUGAAAAUGUAUGGUACAGUCAUUGGUUAAGUAAAAGUUUACGGGGAAAAAAUACUUUUUUUGAUGUAAUAAAAAAGAAUCUAAUCGCGUAUGCAUAUUUGUCAAGAUUGCACAUACCCACAGGAAUGUACCUCUUAUUUAACUCAGCCUUGUAUGGGUAUUUCUUAACUUUUCCUGUGGAAACAUUAUUCACUACAAGUAACGAUAUAAAUUGGAGUUCAAUUUACAAAAUUGUAAAAGAUAUAAUGUUAUUUACAUUUGGAAGUGUAAAUAGUAGAAUAGUCGGAUGUAUAAUCAAUGAUAUGUUUGAUAAAAAUUAUGAUAGACAUGUUGAGAGAACAAAAAAUAGACCAUUAGCAAAUAAUACUAUAAGUAUGAAAAGAGCAUUUACGUAUUUGGUUAUCCAUUCUGUUAUGUCCUUGUUAACAUUAUUUCAGUUUAAUCUUCAAACAAUUUACAUAGGAUUAGGGUCCACAUUUUUUAUUAUUACAUAUCCAUUAUUGAAGAGAAUAACAUAUUAUGCGCAAGUUUAUUUAUCUAUCACAUUUAAUUUGGGUUUUUUAAUUUCUUCAAGUGUUAAUAUAGAUUUAUUAAAUAAUGCUGUUCCACUUUUUGUAAGUUUUAUUCCUUUGUGUUAUUUUACAAUUAUAUACGAUACAAUUUAUGCUCAUCAAGAUAAACAUGAAGAUAUAAAAUUAAAUUUAAAAUCUUUAGCAAUAAAAUGGGAUAAAAAAACUUUGAAAUAUUCAAAAUUUUUAACAUUAAACAUGACUUAUUUGUUUUAUCUCUCUGCCUAUUUUUUCAAUAUGCAUUACUCAUACUAUAUUUUUUCCACAUGUAAUAUCCUUUAUUUAUUUUUUUGUCUUAACAAGGUUUCUCUAAAUGAUAAAGAAAAAUGCAUGCAAUUUUUUAAAAACAGCAAAAAUAUUUUGCUUCUCAUUGCACUUUCUGCCCUUGCUGCCAAAUUGUGCGAAGCAUACAAAAGGAACGAAUCCCUGGGUGAUACUACUCCAAUGGAGACACCACCGAAGAGGUUGUAG